AAUAUAUCAUUAUGUCUGCUAACAGGAUUAUACCCUGGAGUGCUACAGCACCUUGUUGAUCGUUGGACACAGGCGGGAGGGCCGCAAGUUAUCGGUACAACUUUGCGUUUACCGGGCGAGAAGACCUGUCCGGACCCGCGUGCUCACAACAACACUGACAACAAGUGACAGAACUAUGCCUCAACAACGCCUCCAGAAAGUUUAGGGAGAAAGUGUCUUUCUUAAUGAUUAUCAUUUCCAGUAUUGACGUCAACACCCAAGGACUCACUUUGUGAUCACCAUGGUAACUGAGGGCUAAGCGGAAGAACUGGGUGCAUUUCCCACGAUGCUCCGCAGCGAUGCCAUGGAGGUAACAGCCAGUGGGUAUGCAAGUGGGCGUCUACCUUACGACAUUGCCUUGUUUGAUAACUACCCUCAGCGAGACUACAAGCGCGUGGCAAGCCCGGCAAAGUCAGAGGGAGGUCACAGAGCGGUAACCCUUGACGACAUGCGAAAUAAACUUUCCCGCAUGAAAAAGGAGUUGGAGUUGGAAAGAGCACGGAAUAGACAGUACAUCUCUGAGCGCGAGCAAGGUAGUCGUCAUCUUAAGACAAUGUACGAAAGAGAAUGGUCUAGGAAACUCGAAAGUCUUGAAAAUAAGUUGAAAGCAGACAUGGAGAAAAAAGUGGCUACGAUGAAAGAGGGGCUUUCGAAAGAGAAAGAUUUGGAGCUUCGACAGGUCUUGCGCUAUAAAGACGAGGAAGUGAAAAAUAUGCAGACCCAUUUCGCUCAGGAGAAAGAAGAUGCUGUGCGAGUGGCCCUGGAGCUUCAGAAGAUUUCGCUCAGUCGUGAGAACUCUGUGUCGUACGAUCAAGAUGAAGAUCUGGUGGAAUCUCUGAAGUCAGAGUUAGAAUCUGUGAAAUUGACAAACAAGGAGCUAGAAAAAAAGUACAAGGAGAAAUGCGCUUCGGAUAAUGUGAAAGACGCUGAAAUCAAACGAAUGCGUGAAGAACAUGACCUAGAUUUGAGCAGAGUCAUGCAAGAGUCCAAGAUCGCUGUUUUACGGGAUCUACACGAAAUGAAAAUCAAAGAAAAGCUCCUCCAAAAAACAGAGAGCUCCUCUUCAGAAACUCAACCUACUGAGAGGCGGGUGAAGUCUGAAACAGCCCGAGGGAGAAGUUCUGACAAAGUUCUAACGAGGCAAGAAAAAGCGAACAUUGAAUCUGCACUUCUGCACACCAAAUCACUGUCAACCAAUCACACGUUUACUAUAGAGGAUUCGUCGGAUACAGAAUCAGCAAAGAGACCAAACAGCAGUAAGUCGCUGCAUGGAUACCGGCCUGUUGUGGAUGACGAUAGCGAUGAACUAGAACAACUCCACGGAGAGGUGGACAGACUGCACACUAAACUAGCCUCACUCAGAAGCGAAAAUGAAAAUCUGAAAAAGAAACAAGCGGACCAAAAGCCGUUGGAGGAGAAAAUUCGCAGUUUAAAACGGCGCAAUGCUGAGCUGGCUGCCAUGGCCAGGCGCUUGGAAGAGAAGGCCAAGCAUUUACAGCAGGAAAAUCUCAAGAAACCUAAAGAAAUCCACCACAAUGAGGUGGAUCACAUGAAGCGCAUGUUUGCGCGACAGCGGGCGCGGGAUUUGGCAGAGUACGCAAAAAAUAUGUUAGCCAGAGAUAAGGAGAUUGAGGAGCUUCGCAAGAAGUGUCAGGAGUUGGCGGAGCAGCUUGGCAACCAGGCCAUCGCUGUGCCAGAGAAUGUACAAAUGUAUCAAGAAAAAGAGGAGUUGGAAAAUAUCAUCAAACAGUCUGCUAAAGAGAGACUACUCUUGGAGAGACAAGUAGUCAAAACGAAACCAGACAAGUUGUCAGAAGAGCUCCGUGAAAGUCGACAAAGAAUACAUGGACUGGAGGAGCUGAACCGUGGCUUGGAAGAUGAUAUCGUGCAGCUGAGACAAGACCUGCAACACAAGCAUGAAUUGGACCGAGAACUUCACGAUAGGACGUCCGAAUGUGAGAACCUGAGUAUACAGGUGGAUGGCCUUCAGCACACAUUAAAUACAGAGAGAUUAAAAGUCCGGGACUUGGAAGAAGAAUUACAAAGUGAAACUGUGAAGAACACAGAACUCUCAUCUCAGGUGACAGAGCUACAGGAUAGACUCACAGAGCUAAAGAAGUUUGAAGAAGACGUACAGAGUCUACAGAAGAGUCUCGCGGAGUCACAGUACGAGUGCGUCUCGGCCAAGGAACAGGCUGCCGAGCUCCAGGAAACAGUCCACAAAUUAGAAUCCGAGUGCUCUGCGGCGAAGGAAGAGGCUACUGAACUUCAAAGCGAAGUCGACAAACUCGAAAGUCUCCUUAAGCAUUUGCGGGAAUGUGCAGAGCAGCAUGAUCAGCUGGAGAGUGAACACAAAGCGGCCUUGUCGCAGCUCAAACACAAGCAGGAUGAGGUGACUAUGUUACAGAAGGCUCAAAAUGAAUGGAAGAAACAAACUGAAGAAGAAUUAAGUGAAUCUCAGUCCAAACUAGAACGGCUGACCGCUGAGCUAGACAUCUUAUCUUUGGAGUUAGAACGGAACAGAACAAAAUGUAGCAGCAAUUCCUCCAUAGCCAUCCAGACGGAUCACGACGACGAAUCAUCAGUAUUCUUGUCCAAUGGUCAGCUGCCAUCUGACAGCACAGACCUUCAGGACGACUUAAUCCGAUCCAAAUCCGCACGCCUUGCAGAAUCCGCAAAAUCGCUAGACACAGGCUUUUCAGAAGGGGACGAAGAUGAGUAUCGAAGCCCUUUGAAAGAAGAAAUAGAGGAUCUAGAACUGCCACUGACGCCCGAGAUAUUUCACCGUGAGUCCAUUGCCCAGGAGUUCUUGGCUGACCCAGAGCUCUCGGCAAUUUCUCAAAGAUUACGGGAAAUAGAGGCUGCUGACUCACCAUCUGAAGACGAAAUCACUCGUACCUUGUCUGAAGCUGAUAACUCCAGCUUCAUGAGUGGACAUUAUAGUGCCUUCAGUAAUAAGAGUCCGUACAAGAUGGAGAACGGGCUGAUCCCGCCAAACUCGCGGAUAUCGGGGCGUAAAGGUCCGUUACAGGUGUACGUGGCUAAGUAUAGCUAUGACCCUUACCACUACUCACCCAAUGACAACCCAGACGCGGAGCUGCCAUUGAACGCGGGCGAUUAUAUCCUCAUACACGGUGAUAUGGAUGAGGAUGGUUUCUUUGAAGGAGAGCUUGUUGAUGGAAGAAGAGGGCUGGUCCCCUCCAACUUCAUUGAAAAAGUGGCAGAUGAAGAUUUGCAGGAGUUUCACAAUGCCAUGGCAAUGGCCAGUCAUCACUCAGAUGAUGGUUCCUAUGGCAACAACCUCCAACAUGACCUUGACUUUAACAGUAGUGACGAGUCAGAAAAAGUGCUAGCUGAUUUACAAAGUGCUGAAUCCACAGUGGCUGUGAAGCAAGAAACACCAACCAAAGCUAACAGUGAGGGACGAUUGGCUGAGGAAGGGGAUGAGUCAUUAUCCCUGUCCAUCACUGACAACUCUCUGACAGAGACAAAAGUAGAUACACAUAGCAAAAAUAUACCAUGCCCAGUAAAGUUAAAACUUGACCGUCAGCUGACCAGUAGUGUGGUGGUCAGCUGGUCACCCCCUGAGGGCUUGAAGCCCAGCCAGAUACAGGCUUACCACGUCUACCUGGAUGGGGAGUUCAAAACGUCCAUUCGAGGGACGGAGAGGACGAAAGCCUUAUUGGAAAACGUUGAUACAAGCAAGAUUCAUCGUGUCAGUGUGAGGACAGUAACCAGUGAAGGCCAAUCAGCUGACGCUCAAUGUACAAUGUUGUUUGGAAAAGAUGCAAUUCCCACCCCUAGCAAAUUAGAAGUUUCUGAAAUUAGUGCCAAUUCUGCUCUGUUGUCCUGGUUGCCAGGCAACAGUAGCUAUCAUCAUGUGAUCUAUGUCAAUAGUCAGGAGGUGAGGAGGGUGAAGCCAGGCGUCUGCUCACAUCUACUCUCUGGCCUGUCCCCAGCCACUCUUCACAAAGUGUCCAUACAGGCCAAGAAUCUGAGCAGUGGCGUGGAGGCCAGCAGGCGACAACAAGAGCUCCUCACAGCCUCACUGGAGUUCACAACUCUCGCCGGAGGUAGGAAACGGCCCAAGAAAUUUAUCUCUAUUUGGCUGUUUUAUCAUAAGGAAUUCCCUUCAUGCACAGUCUGUUGUUUUGAUGAUGAGAAUGCCAAGGAAUUAGGAAUAAUACAGGAAUUAUGGUUAAAAAUUAUUGUCAGUUUGCAUGGAAUCCCCGAUCCGCCAUUGGAUGUUCAACUUGAGGCUGGACCUCAAGAAGGGACAUUACUCUUGACCUGGUUGCCGGUGACGAUAACUCCGGCAGGGACAUCAAAUGGUACGGUGGUGGAGGGCUAUUCUGUGUACGCUGACGGAAAGCUGUUAAGAGAAGUCUCCGGACCCACGAACGAUCAUGCUGUUUUAACGGGACAAGACUUCCAAGGUAUUAUUCCAAAAGUGCUAACAAUACGAACCAUCGCUGGGGACAAAAUUGAGUCCACGGAUUCCAACCGGGUCAAGGUUCAGCAUGGGCUGGUCCGUGAGUUGUCAAGAGGUGUGGCUAAAGGAGCUGGUCAUUGGACAAAUUUAUUCCACUUAUGUGACAACUUUAUUCCACUCAUUGGACAACUUUAUUCCACUUAUGUGUCAACUUUAUUCCACUCAUUGGACAACUUUAUUCCACUUCUGUGUCAACUUUAUUCCACUUCUUUGUCAACUUUAUUCCACUUCUGUAUCAACUUUAUUCCGCUUCUGUGUCAACUUUAUUCCACUUAUCUGACAUUUAUUGUUUGUGUUGUUUGGCAGAGCGAGCCAACAGAUACAGAUGAGGAGAUAGAGGCAGCGUUUAGAGAAGAAGACAAGGUGGCAACGAUCAACCCUCACUAUCGAGAAGAGGUAAUGGAGACGAGCAGCUCAGAGUUAUCAGACAUCCAGGAAGUGGAGGAAGAGGAUCUGUCAGAGACUCAGGACACAGAGCAUAAUCAGCAUAGGUCAUCACCAAGGGGAGAUAAAAAAGCUGUGACAAAACAUGGUCGCCACUCAGAGGAUCGGGAGAGGUCGCCCAAGUCUGACAGCAUGCUAGCCCCCAGCAGGGUUGUUCCUCAUAUACAAAUCACCCGAGAUAGCAGCAGUGAAAGAGGUACAUCAUUUGAAGCUUUAGAUGAUGAGGAGUCCGCCUUCCAUCGACCUGGGCCACGGGUCUCGCCAGAGGAACCCCGCCCCAGGAAACCUUCCCCAAGUCCUGUUGCGGAAAUACAAGGAGACGGUAAACAAGACGGGUAUCGAGAGAGUCCAAGAGGGAAACGACCCUCAUCAGGGAAAUCAGACACUUCAGAUUCUGGAAGGAGGUCGCCGGGUCAACGACAUCGUCAUGACCAUGGCAACCAUGACCAUAGUGAUAGUUUGGACCAAUCAGGAGAGAGUGUUCAAGAACUCUUGUCCAACGAUGUUGUGACUAAAAAGAAGAUUAGGGACGAUAUUCCUGAAUCAGAAUUAAUAGACUAUGAGGACAAUGGUGAAGGGGACUCAAUGGCUGAGGCGGGAUCAGAUAUCUAUGAUGAAAAACGGGUUAGACUUUUUAUAGCUCUUUUUGAUUACGAUCCAGUGGAAAUGUCACCCAAUGUGGAUGCCAUUGAUGAAGAGUUGCCUUUCAAAGAAGGACAACUCAUUAAGGUGUAUGGUGAUAAAGAUGCCGAUGGCUUUUUCCGUGGUUCGUGUAACAACCGCAUGGGUUAUGUCCCUUGUAACAUGGUGUCAGAGGUGCAGGUGGACGACCCUGAAAUCGCGGCUCAGCUGCUUCAGGAGAGUCAAAGCAGCAACUCUGCAGAGACGUGGGAUGAAGCUCCGCAGGAGAAAACCCCCACUCGAGAUCAGUCCUCCCGUCGUCUGUCCCCCAGCCCAUCCCCCACCAUGCAACAAGACAUGAACUUGAAGAAAAUGGUGGCCCUCUAUGAUUAUGACCCUCAGGAGCUCUCCCCCAAUGUUGACGCUGAGGUGGAGCUGUGCUUCAAAGCUGGCGACAUCAUCAUGAUCUUCGGUGAGGCAGACGAGGAUGGAUUUUUCCAAGGGGAGCUAAACGGCAUUCGCGGACUAGUUCCAUCAAAUUUUAUCACUCCGGCAUCUCCGGCCGAUGAUGAGGUAAUGGACGGCACGAGUGUUGUGUCACCAUGCAGGUCAGGUGACAGCCUGGAAAACAAUACUGCAGAGCCUACAACAAAUGAAUCUGAUUGGCCGCAUAAAAUUCCCAAUGUGACUAUGGAUUCGAGGACUCCAUUGAAGACGGAGAAACGACGCCACGAUUUAACGAAUGAUGUUUCCUCAAACAAGCAAGUUAGCCCAGAGCACUUUGUGAAUGGCACUGACGAUAAGAAGAAAAGACCAAAAGGAAUUUUCGCAAAGGGCAAAAACAUCUUCAAGAAAUUUUCAAGAUAGCAUUGAAAAAUUGGAAAGACUCCUGUCAAGACUGCUACAGUCAGCCACAGGAGAAGGUGGAUGUGUCUACUUAUGUGCCAGUAUGAGAAGAGGAAAUCCCUAUGAUGGAUUCUUGUGGGAAAGUUACAAAAAUCCCACAUUGUGUGUUCUUGUGAAAUUUGCAAAAAUUCUCCCAUGGGCUCAUGUGUGAAAGGUGCAAGCCCUUGCUAUGGAUUCUGAUGGAAAAUUUGCAAUCCCUGCCUCCCUGCUCAGACUUAAACACGACAUACGUUUACUUUGAAAAUGCCUUCAGAAAAAUCUGCUAUAAUCUUCUGUUGGGAGGAACAAAAACUUACGAAAAACACCAAAUCUUCCAUUUCAGAAGACAAGCUGCUUGGAUGAUGAGUAUUAAUCACUGGAUGAACCAAUGAUUUUCGGUGCUUUGACUCAGUCAUACUUGGACUUUCAUGAGAACUACUGAAAUAAAGCAGGGUUGUUUAAAAGGUUUCAAAUACUGCUUGAAUUGUGGAACUUGCAGAAAAAUUUGUCUUGGUUGUGAUGUAUAAAUACAUGGGCUAAAAUGAGUAAACUGACCAGUAUGAGAGCGAUGUUUGAGAUGGGGAGAAAGGAAGUGGACAAAACCAAAGUAUAUUGUGAUACAUUCUUCCGAAUACCCCUUGUUAAUAUGGUCUGUUUACUUGAGUAAGUUAAUCACUCUUUUAAUUUCUCCACUUAUGGGUAUUUUAAGCAACUGUACCUCUCCCUUCUUCUGAUUCUGCACUCAGAGUGACCCUUCUGUCAGUAUGUAAGGGAAAUGGUGUAGAUGUGUUCAUGGCGAAACAACGGGAGAAUGGUACAUGUGCAUGGCAGCAUUGUCUCUUGAACACUAAGAGAUCCAACUAACACAAAAUGACAAAAGGGAGUAGGAUCCUGUGAGGUGCAUGUACACUUUCUGAGUUUUAGUAAGGUACGCCUACAUCCUAGCUCUCAGCGACAAAAUCUGUUGGGAUUAAACAAAUGUUUAAAAUAAUAUUCGUUGCAUGGCUUUACAGGAGUGAAACCGUUGUGCAUAAUGGCCAUAUUAAAGCUGUUUUCUUGUUCGAGAUUAGUGGACACCUCCAUUUGGGCAUGUGAAUGACCCAUGGAUGUUUUACAUGGUAUGUGUACUUUUGAUGAGGAAUGUUUCCAACCUGUAAAAUUUUCUUCAAAAAAUACAGCACAUGCUGUAAGUUGUUACCUGGGCUAUAAUUGAUAGGUUACUCAUAUUUAAAUAGCUGAAAAUAAAAAUGACUGAUUCACAAGAUCAUAAAUUCAUUUUAUUGUGAACAUAUGCUGUACAAUGCUCUUCACAAAAAUAGACUUAAAUGUAUGUGCGUCACAAGUGUUGACUACUUCUGCCAAAUUCAACUUUUUAGAGAGCCAAGAACCAUUUGAAUGCUAUUAAAACAUCAGCAUUUAUGUUUUUUCUUACAAAUUCUUUAGACGUUGAUAAAGCACAAGGAUCAUUGAUAUUUAAAAAAAAAAAAACACUGCUGACAUUUGUUUUGCAGAGAAAUGCACCCAAAUAAAUUCCCAUAAGAAACACAAAAGUUAGUCAUACUGGAAACUGUGAUUAAGAGAUCCGUGUAGCAUAGCAGUAACUUUAACAUUGAUGAUUUGGUCGUGGAGGAUUUCAUCUUGCGGAGCUCAACAAGGAGCUGAAUUAUUAAGACAUAAGAUUAACUUGUGAAUCUUACGAUUAACUUGUGAAUCUUAUGGUUAACUUGUGAAUCUUACGAUUAACUUGUGAAUCUUACGAUUACCUUGUGAAUGAUGUUCGUAUAUACGUGCAGGAAUACUUGACAAUAGCAGUACUUGGAGUGUGUGUAUAAUUUAGAAUUUUUUUAAACAUUUUAAAUCAAUUCUCAUGUUUUGUUUCUGUUUAUACCUCAGUGCAGUUGGUCUAGACUUAAUAUACACUGUCAGAUGUCUUUCUUGUUGCUUCUAGAUUACAUGAUAGGGCUGGUCCUGUGUCAUUACUUUCAGUUGAAAUUUGGUUGCAAAAUUUUAACAUCUUGACAUCUAGAAUCAAAAUUAGUCUUAGCUAUAUUUCCAAAACAUGCACACAUGUGAGUCUCAGGGUGAGGGAAGUUUGUUUCUGUUGUUGGUGGGGUCAAGACCCAUUCAGUCAGCAGAAUGAUUCACAGUACUUGCUUUUGUAGAAAAUAGCAAGUAUUUGAAAUGUCAGUCUAUUCAUUUGUGAUGUCCUCCUUUCUAGUGUUUAUAAGUAAUACAUGGUCAUGAAAUGUAGACAUUUCUCAACUUUUCUAUUUAAGAUGUCCCAUCUAUGUACAACAGUAACACUUUCCCUCUUGGGUAAAAAACUUUUUGGCAAAAUCUGUCAAUUUAAGCUGUUAAAUUAAUUGUUUUCUUCAUUUAUGUGAGUUAAUUUCUUGUACAAAACACUAUUAACAGUACUGAGGGAAUGUCACAAUGAUGACUCCUGUUGGCACUGCGACUUUGCAUCUGUGAUGUGUGUUCUUAAGAAAGCCGUACAGGCAUAAAAGCUAGUAGAUCGUUACUUUAGUCACACUGUAAGUAUUACUGGCACAGUUUUGUGAAACAAGCUUUGUGUUAUGAAUUAAAUAAUAUGUAAAUUAUGUAUUAUAAAGUGUAAGUAGUGUGCAGCUAAUGUAAAUUGCAGGUCAAGUAGAUCCACGGAGUCAGAUAGCACUAAGAUUGUUAUCAAACUGUAUGAUAGUUGUGCCUAGUGAUCAGGCAUAUUAUGCAUUAUUACCCGUUUCUACUACUUUGUUUCUAUAAGCAUAUUUGUAUAUAAUCAUUUGCUCAUUUAUUUAAUACUGAAUGAAUUGAAGUGUAACAUAAUAAAUGUUUUCAUUUCAAGUAUUUAUGAUA